AUGAAGCCGAGCAGCCUCCCAGCGCCACAACUUCCCCCUGCACCCUGUCAGGGAGCGUUUCAGCGGCCUGUGACAGCAGCCGGGCCCCCAUGGCCGGGCACUGAGCUCUGCAUCCUCCCUGCCUCAGGGCUGGCCUCGGCGCCGCUCUACCAGGGAAACGCCAGGAGCUGCAGGAAGAUGACGGGCCUGCCUGCCUCCCCAGCGGCACUGAGGACGUGGCUGGGGCUCGGGCUCUUCGUGCUGCUCUGCCUUGGGAUAGGCCAAGCACUGGAGAAGAAAGUAGUCAGAAGCAAAGUGGGGGAAAAGGUCAGCCUGCCUUGUUGUCAUGAGAUCCCCAGCUCAGAAAGCCUACACAAGUACCGGGUCUACUGGCAGAAGAACAUUACGGACGUGGUGCUGGCCUACUCAGAGGGGAGUAAGAUCUUCCAGCACGAGCGCUACCAGAACCGGACAGAGAUGGACCCCUGGAACCUCACCCUGUGGAUCUCCCCCAUGGAAAUCCUGGACAAUGGCUCUUACCAGUGCGUGGUUCAGCGCAACUCAGUCCUUGUGUGUAGCGAGUCCAUCAUCCUCUUUGUGACAGCUGACUUCAGCACUCCCAACAUAACGGCAGAAGUGUCCGCCGAGUCUUGCGACUCGACUGAGAUGGUGAUAACGUGUUCUUCUCACGGAGGGUUCCCCAAGCCCAGAAUCUCUGGAGCCCUCAACAACAUGUCCGUGGAGUGGAAUGCCAGCUGGGUGUCUGAGUCCAGCUUCAGCCCCUACAGUGUCACUGGAAAACUGGUGCUCAACGUGACCAAAGACGUCAACAUCUCUUGCUCCGUUGAAUACAGCGGCUUUGCCAAGUCCACCAGUUUGCUUCUAAAAAAAACAAACAACUGCGUUGUUCCUCCUGUGCCUCCACCUUAUAAUGUCAUUACUGCUUCAAUUAUCAUCCUUAUCACCUUCAUUCUGGCUAUCACCCUGGCAGCAAGAUACCUCCCAAGGCAUGUUUGUUCUCAGUGUUGCAAGCGCCAGGAUUCGGUGGAAGAGGGUGUGAAAGAAUGCACAAAGGCACCCAUGAGCUCUAAAAUGACAUCUGAAACCUCAUCUGUAUGACCAGAUAGCAUUUGCAGGUUCUUCACGCUGUGCAUCCCGCACUGCAGACUCCACUGUUGGUUGUACAGCGACGCUUGCUGCACGGCCCCUUUGGCUCUCUGCAAGGGGGUGGCAGCAGGAGAAAACUCCGCUCCCCACGGCUGAAACACGACCUCCUGUGGACCGAUGCAAACCCCCGGCCACGCCACGGGAGCUGUGCCGUGGCCUCGUCACAAGGAGGUCGCUGGGAUUCCAGGACCCUCCGUGUUCCUGCAGCGGGGCAGAAGGAUGUCACCGGUGGCACACCAUGUCAAGACUUCAGCAACCUCUGGCUUGAUGCUGCCUCUGUGAGAAUCAGGGGCCUGCAGAGCCCUAGCAGGGUGCCCAUGCCCUCCUACCCCUUCAGAAACACGGAGCUGCCCUUUGGGACACCCCAAAUCCUGACAUGGAAUCUCGUCAGUUUGUGCCUCCAUGUUGCGAGUGGGAGCAGCCAAAACUUCUUUUAUAUUCAGCCUUACACAAGUAUCUGUUCUUCCUGCUGGAGGACUUUGGAUUUGGACUCGACCAUUACAGAUACACAUCCCUUCCCCCCUAAAGAGGAAACAGUGGACACAUUUUUCAUGAAAAAAAGACACUUUGGAAGUGAGUCUAUGUGCCUCAUGCUUAUUUGCAGCGCUACGAGACUUUUUAGGGAACGAUACACACUGACAGCACUCCUAAGAGCUAAUUAAUAUUGCUUACCUACUGCAGUGGCACAAGUUCUCAUAACCUUUCUCUCCUGAAAGGACAGCCUUGCCAACCCAAGCACCGAGCCACAGCUCCUCCAUUCAGCUGCUGUGUGAGGGCACACAGGGCCAAGCUUCCACGUGCAUUCCUUCCCAGCCACACCUGUACAGCCCCGUUGGAAUUCGUGUGACAGCCACUGGUGAUCUCGUGUGUAUCUGCUGUAAUCAAAUGUAACUCAGGGCCUUGCUUCAUAAACAU